AUGGACGAACUCGCGCGCGACUCCAAGCGCAAAUACGUCGCUGAUGAGUCGCCUGUAUUCCAUUUCACUGCCUCUGAGCCCGUCCCCAAGAAGCCAAAAUACUCUCAGCAACUGUCCCGCCUCGCCGAGGCGCGAUUUUGGCGUCUUCCGGUAGAGCUGAAGGACAUGAUUACCGCCAACCUCACCAAAUGUGACCUAAUGGAGCGCUUCGUGUGCGCAUCCGUUCUCAAGCAGCGUGAUGGUAUCCCCGCUGGUACACAUGAUAUGGCGGACUACUUCCUCAGUGCUCUCUACCACGAGAUGGAAUUCUGCCUUGACCCCGAGAGUCUACCCCAGUUGAAAUACCUCAUCGAAGGCUCUACCGUACACAACUUCAGCCUCAUCAAAAGCGUACUCUUCGACACCUUCGCGACUACAUCGAAGGUUGGGCUUGAGCCAAUACUCCACAAGUUUCCACGAACCGAUGCUAAUUUACGCAUCGUAUCGUUCACAAUGGAGUCCACUAUCGGCUUGGAGGCCCUGCCAGCUCUCAAGCAAUUCUUCAGUUCCAGUUCUCCCUCGCUAGAAGUCAUCGUUGUUCCAACAUGGUACGACGGCGACAUCACCAACAUCUCGACGAUGCACGAUAACGCAGCAGCAACCGCAAACCUAACGAGCCCCUGGACUCUACUGAAGCCCAAGACCGCGAAACAGCUGGAGCACAUCAACUACCACAACAAGAUCGCUACCCCCAACGGUUUAGCACUCGAUGACAAGUACCACGAGGCACAUAUACUCCAGCAAACAGGCCCGUUCAACAUGCAUGUCGCUCUGAAGAGGAAGCGGAUUGCGCCUAUCAACGCUCCAGGCCAUCACUCGGAAAGGCUAGAUGUGCUGAGUCACUGGAAUGCCCCUGUCGGUCUCUGGCGCUCCCUAGUCGCGGAAACCAACGGAUACAAAGUACGUGGCUUUAGUAUCUUUGCUGAACCUCCUAUUGCGCCUCGUCCCGCACUGCCGCUUGGACCCAUUGUUACCGGUAUGGGUUGGUCGAGGACUAUUGCCUUACAGGAGCUACGUUUAAGCUACAUCGACUGCACCACAUACGGCAAAGGAUUGCUCUCUUCGGAGCCAGAUGAUGUACCCGCGACGUUCUCAUUCAGUUCCCUUAAGCUUCUUAAGAUCAACGGAUGUAUGGGCAACGCCGAGUUCUUGCACGGUCUACGCAAGCAAUCCGCCGACGUGGAGACCUUCCUCUUCUCUGUUCACGACCAGCACAUCACUACCGACGAGGAAGAAGCCAUUGUACAGCUUGUUCGCUCUUCCAGCAACUUGCGUAGUCUGUCACUCGGGUAUACAACUCCACCAGUCGUCAAGGUCUCAAGUCCGUAUGCAGGCCUACCUGGCAUCCUCAACGACUAUUUGGACGAUCCCAACGAUGACUUUGCCGACGACAAGUCUGCGCCAAACGCCCGUCAGGACGAAGUGGAGGCAGUGAGCAACGUACAACCUCCUCAAGGCCAGUCUUCCGUCUGGGUCACAGAGUAUGGUCGGUUUCCGCUGGCUCGCCUUUUCGGUCCCGUCAACUAUACCAUUCGCAGCUUGACCCUGACGCAAAGCCUCCGCUCUGAGAUGAGCCAUGACGAUCUGUCAUACAUCGGAGUAGUUUGCCCUUACCUCACGGACCUCGCCAUCGCAUGCCCUCUCAUCGAGAUGGCCGUGAUAGAUAACAACCUCGACGCCCACAUGAAGGCACAACUGAAGGGCCUCGCGAAGGUUCUCCGAGCCUACCCACAGCUCAAGUAA